GUCAUCCAGUAUGUGAUGUCUGAGGCACGUGACAUCAGGAACUGCUGUAAUUGGCUAAAUCACGUGCUGCCCGAGCGGGCCAAGGGUUUAGGAGAGUCAAGGUUUUGUCUGACAACACGACCGCUGGAAACUGCAGAGAUGUUGAAUUUGAGCAAGCUGUUCAGAGCCAGCAGGCUGACAGGGUUGAGAUUGCAGAAUACCAGUGCUCAUGCAGCCCAGAGUCCAGCUAAGGUGCCUCAAGGUGGUUUUAAUUUUGAGCUCACCGAACAGCAGAAAGAGUUUAAAGCCACUGCCAGAAAAUUUGCCCGAGAGGAGGUACUCCCAGCUGCGCCCCAUUAUGACAGAACUGGAGAGUAUCCUGUACCUCUUAUCAAGAGAGCCUGGGAGUUGGGUCUGAUGAAUUCUCACAUUCCCGAAAAAUGCGGUGGCAUCGGACUGGGCAUUUUUGAUGCAUGCCUCAUAACAGAGGAGAUAGCAUACGGGUGUACUGGUGUUCAAACUGCUAUUGAAGCCAAUUCUUUGGGACAAAUGCCAGUCAUCAUUGCAGGCAGUGAACAGCAGCAAAAUAAGUACCUGGGAAGAAUGACGGAGGAACCUCUGAUGUGUGCAUACUGUGUGACAGAGCCAGGAGCUGGCUCAGAUGUUGCGGGGAUUAAGACCAGGGCAGAGAGAAAGGGUGACGAGUAUAUCAUUAAUGGGGAGAAGAUGUGGAUCACAAAUGGUGGCAAAGCUAACUGGUAUUUCCUCCUGGCUCGUUCCGAUUCGGAUCCCAAAACCUCGGCGAACAAAGCUUUCACCGGCUUCAUUGUGGAUGCUGAUACCCCUGGAAUCCAAAUUGGAAGAAAGGAAAUGAAUAUGGGCCAACGCUGCUCUGACACAAGAGGUAUUACAUUUGAAGAUGUAAGAGUACCAAAGGAAAACGUACUUAUAGGAGAAGGAGCUGGGUUUAAAAUUGCCAUGGGAGCCUUUGAUAAAACCAGACCUCCGGUCGCAGCUGGUGCAACAGGACUGGCACAGAGAGCUUUGGAUGAAGCAACAAAAUAUGCUUUGGAAAGGAAGACUUUUGGAAAAUUCAUUGCAGAACACCAGGCAGUCUCAUUCUUACUGGCAGAGAUGGCUAUGAAAGUCGAGCUGGCCAGAAUAGCUUAUCAGAGGGCUGCCUGGGAAGUGGAUGAAGGGCGAAGGAACACAUACUAUGCCUCCAUUGCUAAGGCAUUCGCUGGUGACAUUGCAAACCAAGUUGCCAGCGAUGCUGUCCAGGUUUUUGGAGGAAAUGGGUUUAACAGUGAAUACCCUGUAGAGAAACUGAUGAGAGAUGCCAAAAUUUACCAGAUCUAUGAAGGCACUGCUCAGAUCCAGAGGUUGAUUAUUGCACGUGAACACAUCGCAAGAUACAAACAGUAAUAGGAACUACCUGACCAAACUUUGUCUUCCCAUUUAAUGCUAUGUUUUUUUUGUUUGUUUUUCUAAUGUAUGUAAACUACAGGACUUCAUCUAAAUUGUUACCUCUUUUCAAGGCUUAAUCUUCCAUAAAAGCAUAUUUCAUUUUUUUUCAAUUGGAAGUGAAGUGCCUAUAUUCACAGAUCAAUACUGAUAUAAUAUCUAAAUGCUUUGUUUGAUAUAUAUAUACAUAUAUACAUUUCAAACAGAACACUCAAAUAAUGUAUUAGUAAUUAUGUUUUUCAGUUCUGUGCUGCAACUGAAAAAAAAAAAAAAAACUUGUGCAUUGAAAUAAAUAAAUAUGAACAAUG